AUGAACCAGAGAUGCAACUGGAAACGGGAGACCCUUCCCUCGCCUCGUCACCCAUCAUUCUACUUGGUCUACUUAAACCCUCCCUUCCCCCCUCCCCCGCUCAACAAUUCUUCCCAAACAACAACCACCACCAUCACCACCACGACAACCACCUCCACCAUACCAAUUGACGCAGCAGCUCUCAACCAAGCGACCUUGGCGGGCUCAGAAGGAGAGAGCGCACACGCAGGUAAGUUCACACCCUGCAGCAUUCUCAAUUGGGACCUACUUCUUCGAUCUUGUCAAAUGGGGCUGAUCAAAACCUCCUAGUCAUUUCAGUUCCGCUCAGAAACCGCAGUUCUAAUCUCCCUGCGCCCACCUGGGCGCUCACGAGGAAUCGGUAAGUGCAGUCUCUUUCCAGCCUCUCGCCUACCCCUACCCCUACCACACACAUAUGCUAUCCCAAACGGAGCUUUUUUAAAUUCCUGACAGAUAACAUAGACUCUCUGCUCAAGGCUGCUUAGAGGUCGCCUCCCCAGGCCGCCACCAUCCUACUCCUCUCAUCACGUCCUCUACGCGAGACAGUUGA